GCAGAUGGAAACAUUGACAAUAUCGCCCUGGGGUCAUGAGUCUAACCCCCACUCCCAGUACCUCUUCAACAGCAUACGUUAAAGCUGCCAGAACAUCCAAUCUGCCCUCACCUAUGCCCAGAGACUAUGGGAAGUGUCAGCAGUUUCAUCUCAGGUCACAGUCUCCACAGCAAGCACUGUCAGGCCACGGAGUACAAACUAAAGAAGGCAGGCCAUCACCGGAAAACAGGCCGGAGCCUGGAUGGCCUACUGAAGUACAGCUUUGCACAGGGGUCUUCCAACCACACCACUAAAGGCAUCUCUCAGGCAGGCAGGAGUGAGGACUUCUUUUACUUAAAGGUGAGCCACAAGCCGCGGAUGACUCAUCGCAGAGGUGUCCCAACAGAAGACCAUGUAGGAGAGGGACAUUCUACUGAUAUGGAACCAGACAGUAGAGUGACACCUAAACUGUUGCCUAUGUCAGGGAAACUGGAGAAGGUGAGUCUCUGACUUGCUCAACAUACUUUUGAACAUGCCUGUGUUGUAUAAUUAAUAACCAGUAAGACAACUUCAAACACAAGAUCAGACAAGCACAGUAGGUACUGUCGCAAACAACCACAUUACCUCUGUUGAAACACCAAGCCUUGUGUUGUCCAGUCUUUUUUUAACCAUCUCCAAGGUUGAUGACUAAAGCCACAAUUAUGCGUUUGCUUUUAGCCUAACUGCAGCAGCAUGUAACCACACUCAAAGUCAUAGACAUAGCUAGAUGCAAGGACUGACAGUCCAAGAGAUUGAAAUGAUCAUUUUAAACAUUUUGAAACUAUACCCUAUUUGUUAACAAAGACUAAAAUUAAAGCAAAAACAAACAAUGGAGUAAAAUAGCCUUAUAUAACCUUAUGAUUGGCCACUCAUGAAGGCAUUAUAAGUUAUAUUCUGCAAGAAUGAAUGGGUAGGCUAUAUGUUAUUAAUUAAAAUCACAGAAAAUAUUGUUGAUUGCAAUGCCUUGAUCUUUUGUAAGAUGUCAUCAGUGAUGUUCUUAUGCAAACCCUGCUCUCUGAAUAGGCAUUUCUGAACAGGUAUAAAUCUAAAUAAUGAAUAGCUAUUAUUUGAGCAUCUUAAGGGAACCAUGCCAAACAGUAUGAAGUCACUGGACAUACUUCCAUUCAUUUUUUAAAACUGGUACCGGUUACCUUCAGAUGAGUCCUGUGACACUCAUGUCCGUGAGAGUCUCCCCUUUCCAUAGAGUGGUCAUAAUAGUUUUGUAGGUCAAACCGCUCCGAAUCUAUAGACGUUUUUGUGAGAAGACCGAUUUUUGGGAUGUCUCAUGGUCUGACAAACAGCGCUCUAGCUCUGUCACCUUUCACCGCAGAUGCGGAAGUGCGACAGAUAUCUCUAGCUUAAACUGACAGAUGUUAUGGGGAUUUUUUAAAUUAUGUUACUUAAAUUGACGCACUGGUUCGUCAAUCGACUCUAAGGGAUUAAUAUCACAGAGUAGGGCUUUUCAUAUUUUCUCAGACAGUACAACAGGGUGGAGGAGGAGGAGGUUGGGUAUAACUGGUGGUGUUUCCAGACAGCACAGACAGGAAUAUCUGAUGUUAUAAAUCUCUCAUGACAGUUUCAUGUAUUCUGUAUAUUCUGACAUUGCACUUUUACAUGUACAAAUCUCACAUUUCUGGGUGGUUAUAAUCGGUUCUCCUCAGCACUAUAUGAUGGAUUAGUCAUUGGCAACAUUAUUUGCUUACAUGAUCAUCUCCAUUGGUUCUCCAAACCAACAUGUUCUCUGAUCGACUUCAUUUGUUCCAUCUCCUUCCUCUACCUCUAGAAUAUGGAGAAGGCUUUGAUCCGGCCCACAGCCUUCAAGCCAGUCAUCCCAAGGAGCACCUCUUCCACAGAGACUCACAACAACCUCACCCACCUCCUUAGUCCCCCAGAGAGGAUCAGAGACUCCCAGGAGCCCAAACAGGACACAUUUUCAGGGACCCUAUCAGACUCUGGGCAGGAUUCAAUGUCCAGCCUGCCUACUCACAGCACCAGUGGGAGCCACAGUGCUUCCACAGGCCCAUUGACUCAGUGUGCAGGAGGCUCAGUCCAUGGCAUGACCCAUCCCCAGCAGCCCCCCCUCUCUACAUGGACCAAUGGGAAUGGCAUUAGUGCCAGUGCCAGGGUUGCAGCUAUAAGCAAUGGAGGGGCAGCGAAGGCUAACAGGGACACCGUCUCCCUCCCCUCACCUCAGAAGCCUAGCCCUCUCUUGGAGGAGAUGGGGGGCUGUAAUCGCUCGCCCAUCUCCACAGAUGAGUCCUUCAUUGAGCUGCUGGAGCAGAGGCUGCUGGAGAGUGAGACAGAGCUGCAGGAGCUGCAGGUGAGCUUUGAGGAGAAAGAGGUGGACACGUGCCAGCUGUUUGAGGAGAGGCAGAGGUAUUGUGUUGAGGAGAUGGAAGGCCUGAAGCAGAGGUGCUCCACCAAGCUCAGGCAGGUCUCCCAGAGGGCUGUAAGGAACCACCAGGCCUUGCAGCUCAAGGUCAGCCAGCUGCAGCAGGACAACCAGAGGCUCCAGGACGAGCUGGUCCAGAUGACCCAGGAGAAGGACCUGAUAGAGGUCAAACUGAUGUCGUUUGAGACGGAGAAGAACCAGCUAGAGCCCACCUUAGAGGAGACCCAGUGGGAGGUAAGUGGCCAGCAUGUGUCAUGAGCCAGGGGUUUUUACCAUAUGGUCUUACCAUGAAAGACUCAGGGCUAGUUGUAGACUGUGACUAGGGCUCAAAGUAUUUCCUGGUCAGGUCACUAGGAAAAACUAGUUAUAGCUACUGAACACAUUGCACAGGCCAGGGUGUAUUGGACAAAAGCAACCACUACUUCAACAAGGCUUUUACGCUUUACAUUUAUUAUUAGGUAUGCCAAAAGGCUGGGGAGAUCUCCCUGCUGAAGCAUCAGCUCAGGGACUCCCAGGCUGGUGUCACUCACAAGCUGAAUGACAUCGUCAGCCUCAAGGCCUCGCUGAAGGAGACCCGGGCCAAAAUGGAGGCACUGGAAAAGCAGAACAAAUUGCAAGAGGACAAGAUACGCUCUCGCAGUGUGGAUGUCGAGGUACAACGUCUAUUUCUUAAAAGAAAAUCAGAGGAAGUAUGAUAUGCAAACAGAGCAGAUUUCUUUACUAAUGUUCAGCCGCUGCACUAGUGGUGUGCCAAUGUAAAUUGCAUUUAAGCGUGAGUGACAAUGCUAAACCUUUGCCAUUAUCUACUUGGCCUCCAUGUUCAAUAGCAAAGUGCAUUUGAUAAUGACACAAUUCAUCUAUUCCACCCCAGGUUAUGCCAAAAUGAGCUCCAGCGCAAGAAGAACGAGGCUGAUCUACUAAGAGCAAAGGUGGGCAUACUGGAGACAGAUAUCAAGGGAAUGAAAAAGGACCUGGCCCUGGCAAAAAAAGAACAGAGGCAGCACCUGGAGGCCCAGGCCCAGGAGAGGUCAGACCAGAGUGGGGGCACUGGAGGGAGCAUGAGCACUGACUCCCUCCAGAGAGAGGUGGCGAAACUGAAAGUGGAGCUCAGGGAAGAGAGAGAGACUCAGGAGAGGCGGUCGAACAGAUUUGAGCACGAGAGACAGACGUGGAACAGGGAGAAGGGCAGAGUCAUCAAGUACCAGAAGCAGCUUCAGCUCAACUAUCUGCAGAUGCACAAGAAGAACCAAGACCUGAAGGGGAUCCUGCAGGAGCUCACAGCAGAGCUGGAGAGUCGGCCGGAGCUUGACGUGGACAUCCACAGCUCAGGGUUACACUAUGAGGAUAUUAUCGCCACAGAAAUUUGA